CGCCUGCUCUUCUCUCUCUCUCGCUGCCCUCUCUCGUAGCAGCAUUCAGCAAUGGCCGCCACCACCACUUCCUUUAAAGCCUCACUCUCUUUUACACCGUCGAUAUCUCCAUCGCUCUCUUCUAACUCCAAAUCAACGGCACACAAGCUACGGUUUCCUUCAUCAUCAUGGUGUUCACCAACUCUAAAAUCACUGAUCGCUCGUCAUGUCCCCACAAACAACAACGCCUCAUCCAACGGCGGCGGAUCAUCGCUCUCAGCAAAGAUGAUCUCCGUUCCUUCUUCCAUUUCUGCGACGACGUCGCUUGACUUCCAUACCUCCGUUUUCAAUAAAGAAAAGAUCUCUCUUGCUGGUCACGACGAGUAUAUAGUGAGAGGAGGGCGGCAUUUGUUCCCUUUGUUGGAUGAUACAUUCAAAGGAAUCAAACAAAUUGGAGUCAUUGGUUGGGGUUCUCAGGGGCCAGCACAAGCACAGAAUCUGAGGGAUUCUCUUGCAGAGGCAAAAUCUGAUAUUGUUGUGAAGAUUGGGUUGAGGAAGGGCUCUCGCUCUUUUGCUGAAGCCCGUGCUGCAGGAUUCUCUGAAGAGAAUGGAACUUUGGGGGAUAUAUGGGAAACUAUUGCUGGAAGUGAUCUUGUAUUAUUGUUGAUCUCUGAUUCAGCACAGGCAGAUAAUUAUGAAAAGGUCUUCUCUCACAUGAAGCCAAAUAGCAUCCUUGGACUUUCCCAUGGGUUUCUUCUUGGUCAUUUGCAAUCUAUGGGGCUUGAUUUUCCCAAGAACAUCAGUGUAAUUGCUGUCUGCCCUAAGGGGAUGGGCCCUUCUGUGAGGAGACUUUAUGUUCAGGGUAAAGAGAUAAAUGGUGCUGGGAUUAAUGCUAGUUUUGCUGUCCACCAGGAUGUUGAUGGUAGAGCUACAGAUGUAGCCUUGGGAUGGUCAGUUGCCCUUGGUUCUCCAUUUACAUUUGCCACCACAUUAGAGCAGGAGUAUAGAAGUGACAUUUUUGGGGAGCGUGGCAUCUUACUUGGUGCUGUUCAUGGAGUUGUAGAAUGCUUGUUUAGAAGGUAUGUUGAGAAUGGAAUGAGUGAAGACUUGGCUUACAAGAAUACUGUUGAGUGCAUAACAGGAAUUGUAUCGAGAACCAUAUCAACGAAGGGUAUGUUGGCUGUGUACAACUCAUUGUCUGAAGAAGGCAAAAAGCGAUUUGAGGCUGUUUAUAGUGCGUCAUAUUAUCCUUGCAUGGAAAUCCUUUAUGAGUGUUAUGAAGAUGUUGCAAGUGGAAGCGAGAUUCACAGUGUCGUUUUGGCUGGGCGUCGUUUUCAUGAAAAGGAGGGUCUACCUGCCUUCCCGAUGGGUAAAAUUGAUCAGACACGGAUGUGGAAAGUUGGUGAGCAUGUCCGAGCAACCAGAUCAAAUGAUGAUUUAGGUCCAUUGUGUCCUUUCACUUCUGGGGUUUUCGUGGCACUAAUGAUGGCCCAGAUUGAGGUCUUGAGAAAGAAGGGGCACUCAUACUCAGAAAUCAUCAAUGAGAGUCUGAUUGAAGCUGUUGAUUCCUUGAACCCCUUCAUGCAUGCUCGAGGAGUCUCUUUCAUGGUUGAUAAUUGUUCCACAACUGCACGAUUGGGUUCAAGAAAGUGGGCUCCACGUUUUGAUUACAUCCUUACACAACAGGCAUUUGUAGCAGUCGAUUCGGGCGCCCCCAUUAACCAGGACCUGAUAAGCAACUUCUUAUCUGAUCCUGUUCAUGGAGCUAUUGAAGUCUGUGCACAGUUGAGACCAACUGUUGAUAUAUCAGUGCCCCCAGAUGCAGAUUUUGUUCGCCCAGAAUUGCGCCAAUCUAGUUAGAGUUGAAGAGAUUUAAACUUAUUAUGAUAUCUAGGGUGAACAUCUUCUAAGAGUUGGGUAGUUUCCAGUAAAAGUUUAAUUGAGUGUAGCUACUUGCGAGACUGAGGAUCAAUUUUUAUUAUUAUCUUUGUUGGUGUUUAACUAAUAUCAUGUUUCUAUUAAAACAUUCUCAAGAAA